AUGGCAUCAAAAUCUGCGAAGCAAUUCUUCUCUAUUCUUCUGAUUCAGUGGAUGGUUCUCCAAGCCACGUCUCGGGUAAUCAGUGAGAUUUCAAUGAUUGAAAGACAUGAGCAUUGGAUGGCCAGUUAUGGGCGUCAAUACAAGGACACUGCAGAGAAGGAAAAGCGUUACCAAAUAUUCAAGGCCAAUGUGGAGUACAUUGACUUGGUUAAUAGAGCAGGUAACAAACCAUACAAGCUAAGUGCCAAUCAAUUUGCGGAUUUGACCAAUGAAGAGUUCAAAGCAGCUCAUAUUGGGCACAUAAGCCUCUCCAAGGAUAAAUCAACAGCAAUCCUAUCAUCUUCUGAGUAUGAUAAAAUUGUUACUGCAAUUCCCCCUAGCUUGGAUUGGAGGCGAAAGGGAGCUGUUGCACCAAUCCGCGAAGUGUCAUGUGCUUGGACAAUUCCUGCUGUUAAUGCUGUGGAAGCCCUAAUCAAGAUCAAAACAGGAAAGCUAUACACUCUUUCAAAUCAAGAAAUUGUGGACUGCAGCACUCGUCUUGAUUGUUAUCAAGGCUCCACAGAAGAUGCCUUUGAGUUCAUCAAACAACAUGGACUUACAACUGAGAGCAACUACCCCUCCAAAGAUAAUAAAGGCACUUGUAACACCAACAAGGGAAAAGAACCAGUGGCCAAGAUCAGUGGCUACAACUACGUCCCAGAAGACGAUGAGAAGGCACUUUUACAAGUACUAGCUAACCAACCACUGGCCGUAAUGGUUGAUGCUUCAGGUGCAGAUUUCCAGUUCUAUGCAGGUGGUGUUUUCACAGGUGAAUGUGGAACUGACAUAGAUCAUGGUGUAACAUUGGUUGGUUAUGGUACCAGUAAUUCCACAUUGAAGUAUUGGAGGAUCAAGAAUUCAUGGGGUAAAGGUUGGGGAGAGGAUGGAUACAUGAGGAUGGAAAGGGAUAUUGCUGCCAAAGAAGGAAUGUGUGGGAUUGCCAUAGAACCGAUCUAUCCCACCCUGUGA